CGCGCUGGGGAGGAGCUGGAUGCUGAGUGCGCGGAGUGGAGCUCAGAGCUUGGAACUGCGGAGCGGAGCAGUGGCUGAGCUGCUGAGCAGUGGAGCGGAGACGUCUGCCGAGAGGCGCUGAGCGUGCCCUUUUGACAGGCUGGAGACUUUCUUGACUAUGGACGUUGAAGAUAAACCAUAUUUUUCUAGUUUAGAGGAGGAAACUGCUUUCUGGAAGGAACUUUCCUUCAAGUAUAAACAAAGAUUCCAGGAAACUCUGGAUGAGCUACUUGAAUUCCAGGAAAGAAGCAGAGAAUUAGAAGCAGAGUUGGAGGCAGAGUUAGAACUGGCUGAACAAAGUAAGAGAGACUUGCAAGCUGAUAACCAAAGACUGAAAUACGAAGUGGAGGCAUUAAAGGAGAAGCUAGAACAUCAGCAUGCACAAAGCUCCAAGCAGGUCACAAUAUUAGAGGAUGAUUUAAGUCAGACUCGGGAGGUUAAGGAGCAGUUGCAGAAGUACGUGAGAGAGCUGGAGCAAGCCAAGGAUGACCUGGAGCGCGCACAAAGGGCAACAGUAGUUUCACUGGAAGAGUCUGAACAAAGGCUAGAUGAGGCCCUCGAAAGAAAUGCAUAUUUAGAAAGCGAACUUGAUGAAAUGGAAUCUUCGUUGGUCUCUGUGCAGAACUUAAAGGAUGAAGUAAGAGAGUUAAAACAAGAACUAGCAGCUCGGGAAAGAGAAGAACUAACCAGAAAGAAAACUCUAGACUCUGAAAAGAGGGAUUCUGCUGUGCAAGUGUCACUUUCUUUGCCAGCCACUCCUGUUGCCAAAGGAAUGGAAAACAGUUUUCCUUCACCCAAAGCUAUACCAAACCAUUUUGGUAUGAGCCCACUAACUCCUGCCAGUACAUCGGCACUAAACAUGGGGAAGGAUCUCUUAUGGAAGGUAGUAUGGGCAUUCGUAUCAAAAUUAACAGACUGCAGGAAUUUUCCAGAGUUCCAAGCAUCACGAAAAUCCUGUAUUACAGGGAAUUAUAGCUGGUUUGAUAAUCGGCUACAGCAAAAAGCUCUGUUGAUCAGGGCAUUCGCCUUUGUUUAAUAAAGGGGCAGUGAACUACUUUGACCAGCUGCUCCUCCACUUGGACUGGGCCCCUUGCACCCAUUGUUGGCCCCAGAUGUGCUGCCUCUCAGUCUGUGUGAACACCCCCGCCUCCAGGUGGGUGCUCCUGCCCUCUCAACAAUCCAUGGAGAAGGGGUCAGUUCUGUAAAGCUACUUAUCACACCAUAUUUCAUCUUUCUGAGCCUUGUCUAUUUUUUUCUUUUCCCCCAUCACCAAUUGUCUGGGCUUACACCACCCAAAUAAAGGUGCGUUAUCUAAACUUUUUAUCUUAAACUCAGGGUCUACUUUCUUAAGAACCUAGGCCAAUACAGUUGAAAAGUCCCUUUCCCAAUGCCUAAAAUAUGUAUUCAGAAUUUACUACUCAUUUUCUCUUCUAUGAGAUCAUAUACACUGUUAUUUACCUUUUUUUUUCUGUGAAAUUUAUUGUUUCCACAUUGAAAGAUUUUUUUUAGGGGAAAAAAAUCCAUUAGGAACUCAUUCUGCUCUCAGGCCAUUAAACUUAGCUGUCUUGCCCAUCAGUUCAUAAAACUGAGCUGUGAAUGACCCCAGCAACUUCUAAGUCAUCUCGUUAUGCCACAGCAAAACAAGAAAAAGAAAAAUGGCCAGCAACUGUGCUUAAUUCUGAUUAAAAAAUACUAGCAACUAUGAUUCUCAACAUUUGCUUAAAUGAGUUGUAAUAAAUCUUAAAACACUUUUUAUAAUUACAAAAUUAGUUAAAGAAAACUUGAAGCUAUAACAGUGAUCGGUAGCAGGUAUGUUUUGUUUUCCUUUAAUAAUA